UUGAGUGUUAUUGUUGUAUUGAUUGAUUUUUAUUGGUGCGGAAAUAAAUAGAAAAUUCAUGUGUAUAAUGUGAAAAAAGGAAGAAAAAAAAAUUAAAAAUUUGGGAAUUAAGGAAAAGCCAAGAACUUGUGAAUCUCCCCAUUCCUCUUUGUUGACUGCUUCCCUCCCCUUCCUUCCUUGUCCACCAACAUACCGGGGGAAAUUGAGCUCCCGAUCGCGAUCUUCAGUUUGGUGAAUUUGAGCUGAAUUGGAGCUUACCAGAUCGGUGUUUUACUGAUCUGAUUGUUUUGAGAAUCGAUCUUCGAUCGAUUGCUGUUUUAUAAGGUUUUUUUUGGUUCCGAUUUUGACGAGCGAGGACGAAAGGCUGGUCUCAGUGUCGGUGUUGCGUUUUGGGAAUUAGGGCUUUUUUCUGUUUGUUGCUUCGGAAUUCGUCAUGGAUACGAGCAGGAGAGCGGUUGAAUCCUACUGGAGGUCGCGGAUGAUCGACGCGGUCACGUCAGACGAGGACAAGGUAGCGCCUGUGUACAAAUUGGAAGAGAUCUGUGACCUCCUUCGUUCUUCUCACGUCAGCAUCGUCAAGGAGUUUUCCGAAUUCAUUUUGAAACGCCUUGAUAACAAAAGCCCCAUCGUUAAGCAGAAGGCUCUGAGGCUGAUAAAGUAUGCUGUGGGGAAGUCUGGCUCAGAAUUUAGAAGAGAAAUGCAAAGGAACUCUGCUGCAGUUCGCAGUUUAUUCCAUUACAAGGGGCAUCCAGAUCCUUUGAAAGGAGAUGCGCUUAAUAAGGCUGUAAGGGAUACUGCUCAUGAAACGAUUUCUGCUCUGUUCUCGGAAGAGAACGGUAGUAAGCCAGCCGCUCCCGAAAGCAUCAACAGACGCAUAGAAGGAUUUGGGAAUACUAACUUUCAGGUGCCCUCUGAUGAUAGAAAAUCGUUUCUGAGUGAGGUGGUUGGUCUUGGAAGUGCAUCUAUAAAGCAAGGAAUCAGUAGUUUCGCUCAAGGUCAUUUGCCAAAGAAGAAUGAGAAUGGAAGCAGCAGCUACAGAGGUCCGAAUCUCCACAGAUCAUUAACUAUGGAGAACGAGAACUUCAGUCGAUAUGAUCCGGUGAAGCUGGGGAGUGAUGGUAAACAUGGGAUGUCUCAGAACACGGGAGGUGGAUCUUGGGGCCACGCUUCUGGAGAGGCUAGUGAAAGUUCUGCUUCAGUUCGUCUUGAGAGCAAAACUCGUGAGGAAAAGCUGCUGGAAACCGUUGUUACAUCUGGCGGUGUACGCCUGCAGCCAACUCGAGAUGCACUUCAUGUGUUCAUUGUAGAGGCUGCAAAAAUGGAUACUGUUUCUUUAAGCAUUGCUCUUGACGGGAAGCUUCAGUCUCCAAUGUGGCAGGUUCGGAUGAAAGCUUUAUGUGUCCUUGAGGCCAUUUUGAGGAAGAAGGAAGAUGGUAAUUUUUCAAUUGUACAUACUUAUUUUAGUGAAAACACAGAUGUCAUACAGCGAUGCGCCGAGUCUCCUCAAUCUUCCCUUCGUGAAAAGGCUAACAGGGUUCUAAGCCUCCUAAACGGUGGACAGUCUAGUGGGUUGAUGAGCAGCUCAGAGAAUACUGUGAAGCGGGAGGCUGCUGUUGAUUUACCUGACUUGAUCGACACCGGUGAUUCAGAUUAUAUAACAGAAGACACUUUGAACAUGCCAAAUGCUAUAAAUACUGGCAGUACAGUGGCGACAGCAGCUCCAUUGAUGGAUGGUGAUUGGUUUGGGGAUAGUGCUGACACGGGACUGAGUAGCAGCGAGAAGAAAAAUGAUGAUGAUCCCUUUGCAGAUGUAUCAUUUCAUCCUAAUGAAGAAAAAGAAAGUUCAGAUGACCUGUUCUCUGGAAUGACUGUCGGGGAAAAGCCCGCUGCUGGUGGUAAUCAGGUGCCUGAGCUAUUUGAUAUGUUUGGGUCAACUGCAACAUUUGAAGCAGAGCCAAAAGUUUCGGAAAACAUAAAUGACUUGAUGGGAAGCUUCUCCAUCGACGAAACCAGCUCAAAUCAGAAAGGCUUGUCUUCAAGCGCCCUUCCAGAUAAUUUAUUCGCAAUGCCGAGCACCACCAGCCUCCAAGCACCGGAAAAUCCUGUUGGAGGCAUUCUUGGUUCACAAAGUUCUGGGUUUAUUCAAAAUCCAAUGGCUCCUGGGGGUGUAAUGCCCUUCAAUUUUCCUCCCGGGAUGAUGAUGAAUCCAGCUUUUGCAUCUCAUCCUUUGAAUUACGCUGCCAUGGCAAGCUUGUUAGCUCAGCAGCAGCAGUACCUUGGUAAUAUAUCCAACUUCCAGCAGUUUGGUAACAUGAACGCUCACGGUACCGGAAGUGUUCUACCUACGGGUGUUAGCGGAGGAAAUCAGUCAGCACUCCCUGAUAUAUUCCAGCCAAGCUUUGCUAAUCAGGCUCCAACCUCAACAAUGAAUGGUUCGAAAAAAGAAGAUACCAGAGCAUUCGAUUUCAUCUCCGAUCAUCUUGCAUCAGCCCGCGACACAAAGAGAGUAUCUUGAUGCUGUGUCUGUGUAUCUGGUGUUAAUUAGUGUUAUUUCAUGAGAUAUGGAUACAAAGGGGAGAAAGCUAAAACGUUUAUCUAUGAGAGCUGUAAAAGACUUCAGGUGAGAAUGGAGAUGAUGAGCUUUACUUCGUCGGGAAAAAGAUAAGGAGAUCUCUGAUAGAUCUGAAUCAUAUGGUAAGCUUUUUGCUUUUUUUUUAUAUUGUUCUUCCUUGUUUGUCUUCGUUUUCUCUUGUUUGGAGUCAUUGUUCUUGGGAAUGAACAUGUAGUCUUAGAGUUACUUUUGUUUCACUUGUUUGAUUCUGGAUGUGUUUCUUUUGUUCAUUUGCUAUAUAUAUCUGAAGAGACUGUGUCUGUGUAUCGAAGUAGACAAAGAAAGGAAAUAAAACUAAGGACAAAAAGAGCCCUUUUCCAUUCACGUUCUCCCUUUAUUCUUGGAGCACACUGUAAUGAAAGCAUAUGAGCAUAGUUUCAAGUCAUUUCCGGUUUAA